CAAAUCAAGCAAGCAAUUUGGUUGUGUUCACCGUGUUUCAUUUUAUAAAAUUUAUUUAAUUUGUGUGAAUUUUAACGUUUUAAAAUGUCUACGACAAUAGAUCAGAAAGCCUAUUUGCAGAAGUACUUAGGUAAACCAUCAGGAGAUAAGAAAAAGAAGAAGAAGAAGGCGCCAAAGGGCAAAGGCUUCAAAAUCAUAGAUGAUGACAUUGACCUAACAAAGUUGCGGCCGUUAGAUGGUGACGAACUGGACAUACUAGACGAAGGUGAAGACGGCCCACAGGUUGCGGGGAUCAUAGAUGAGAGGCCGGAGGAAAUUAGGAAGCUGGAACAAUUCAAAACCAGCUCCAAAUGGAGAGUUGUCACUCAGGAUGAUGGUUUCAAUAGCAAACUGAAUAUCCAAGAAAUAAAGAAAGACAUCACUGAGACUGAGAAAGAGAAUGAACUGGUUUUUGGAAAAAUGUACAGCGACUCAGAAGAUGAUCAGAAGAAAGACUCAGACGUAUCCCCUCCCAGAAUCAGACCUAAUGAGAAAAAUAAUAAGGAGACAAAGAAAAAGAAGCAAAAUAGUUCCGACAAUGACUUUAGUCCUCCUAGAAAACGUGACAAAGGCAGAGAUAGUGAUGCAAGUCCUUCUAGAAAAAAGUCUGACAAUCACAAGAAUAGAAGACACAGCGAUGCCAGUCCCCCACGGAAAAACAAACACAAUAAAAGUGACAGUGACGUAAGUCCCCCCAGAAAAGGUAGAGAAUCACCAAAUCGGUCAAGAUCUAAUAAAAAUUAUGAUUCAGAUUUAUCUCCUCCCAGAAAAGCAGAAUUAGACGGCAAAAAUAAAGUUAGAGCUAGAAAACCGUCUAGAUGGGGUGCGGCUGAAGAACCUCAACGCAGAUCUAACUCUGAAUCCCCUGAGAGAAAUAAAAAAAGGAAGGACAGUCGGAGGUCGAGGAAAGAUUCUUCGGAUUCUGAUUGUUCUCCUCCUAGGAAAUCCAAAAAAGAUAAGUACCAAGAACGGCAGCCAAAAACGAAAUCAAAAAGAGACCAGUCGAGUGAAUCUGACCUCUCACCUCCUCGUAAAAGAAAGACGUCACAAGACAGGAGUAGGGAAGACGAAAGAUACAGAAAAGAUAAACAAAAAUCAAGAGAUUUAAAGAGAGAAAAAGUACAAAAAUCGAGAAAGCAGUCCUCAGAUUCAGAUGUUUCACCUCCUCGGAAGAAUAAGAGGCGAUCAGCUUCACCCGAGACGUCAAAAAAUCAUAAAAGACAAAGAGAUAGUAGUUCAGACUUGUCACCGCCUAGAAAAGAUAGGAGAGAGCCCAAUAAAGAGAGGGGUUACAGGAGAAAUGACGAUGAUCCUCCACCGACGAAUAAAAAAAUGGAAAGAACUCUGGAAGGGAAGUUGGCAGGACUACAAGACGCUCGGCAGUUACGGGAAGAAAACGAAUCAUUUAGGAGGAGAGAGGAGGAUGCAUUCAAAAAGAUGACCGAUGACGUAUCAGGAAGGAAUGCUCAAGUUGUUUCUAGGAAAGCCAAGAGAGAGACGUCAGAGGAAAGACAAAAGCUAAAAGAAAAAGCUGAGCGCCAAAAGUUCUUGGAUGAAAAGUACAAGCAGUGGAGCAAAGGCCUGAAACAAAUAGAAGCUGAGACAGCACGUCGCGAGGACUUCAUCAAGGAAGCCGCGAAGCCUCUCGCGCGUAUGAAGGGAGACAAAGACCUCGAGAGAAGUCUCAAGGAGAUUGAGCGAGACGGCGAUCCCAUGCUCGCUUACAUCAGGGACAAGAAGAGAGAGAGGGGAGAUCUUGGACCAGAAAAACCCACAUACAAAGGUAGCUUCCCUCCGAACCGUUUCAACAUCCGUCCAGGCUACCGCUGGGACGGCGUCGACCGCUCCAACGGCUACGAAAAGAAGUUCUUUGAAAACCAAAGCAAGAGGAAAGCUCAGGAAGAAGAAGCUUACAAAUGGAGCACCGAAGACUUGUAAUGAAUCAUCAGCAGGUCAUUUAGUCUCCACUCCAGGAGCACGACUCUAAUUUAGAAGCAAA